AAAUUUUUUUUUUUAACAAUGUUGUCAUGGAGCGGGUUCGAACCUGCACAAGAAGGAGGGGUGCACCUCAAGUUGGCCUGAAUGCCACUUGACCCUUCGGGACAGGUGCGAGAAAAUGUUUGAUAAUUAGGCAGGAGAUUAAUCAAAAAUCUAAUUAUGCAGCUUGCAAAAUGAGCUCCAUGCUGACCGUCAUCUUCUUCGAAAAUUGCUGAUUAAAACCUCAAAACUAAAAUUCUUUCUCUUAAGAACAGCAGAGAAAGAGAGCAAGAAAUUAAUCGCAAAAGUACCAGCGGCUUGAUGUUGCCUAGCUGCUGAUUCUAAUUAUUCUUCGAUUCCAUCUCCUUUCCCUUUGAUUUUUCUGCUCGAAAAUGGCAGAUCUGUAUGGAUUCGCUCCGUCGUCUACAGCUGAACCCGAAGAAAUCUCCACGUUCUUUUAACCAGUUUGUCCAGAAUUUUGCUUCGUCAUCUUCGUGCACGCAUUUGAGGAAUAGGUACGUUCAGUUGCUGUCCUCUCCAGUGUUGGAUUCUUUACUGGAAGCAACUAAUUCUGGUUCUGGAGCGGCGGUUCCAUCGGAGGAUUGGUGCCGUCUAGCGGAUCGGCUAGUUGGGCUGAGAUAGAGCCCCAAAUGAGAGACGGAAGCUCCGACUUCAAUUUCUCUGAUCCUAAUCGUAUUUUGGGGCUGACCUCAAAAAUAGUGCCGGCGACAAUUUUACA